GUGGCAGCGAGCCAGCAGCGCAGCCAGCUGUGCUCGCCUUCAGUGCGCGCACCCGCGGACAGCCGACAGGCGCGGAAAGCUGUCAAAAACCGGAUUAUUACAGUCGCUGACGGCUGGAUUUUACUCUUGGCCAAGCGGAGCGGAGAGACACAGUCAUGUUGCCCUUGCUGCCCCAGAAAAAGCUGAAAAUCUGAGCGUUUCCCCACCAUCGAGGUGCUCCCUUGCUUCUAACAAACAUGUCUGAUAAGAUGUCCAGCUUUUUACACAUUGGGGAUAUCUGCUCCCUGUAUGCAGAGGGAUCCACCAAUGGUUUCAUCAGCACCCUGGGCCUGGUGGAUGACCGCUGCGUGGUCCAGCCUGACGCUGGGGAUCUUAACAACCCUCCAAAGAAAUUCAGAGACUGUCUGUUCAAACUGUGUCCCAUGAACCGCUACUCGGCGCAGAAGCAGUUCUGGAAAGCAGCGAAACCCGGAGGGAACACGGAUGCGGUGCUCCUCAACAAGCUGCAUCAUGCAGCUGACUUGGAGAAGAAGCAAAACGACUCAGAAAACAAAAAACUGCUUGGAACAGUAAUUCAGUACGGGAACGUCAUCCAGCUCCUUCAUCUGAAGAGCAACAAAUAUCUGACGGUGAACAAACGUCUGCCGGCACUGUUGGAGAAGAACGCCAUGAGGGUGAUGCUGGACACCGCUGGAAAUGAGGGCUCCUGGUUCUACAUACAGCCCUUCUACAAGCUCCGCUCCAUCGGGGACAGUGUGGUGAUUGGGGACAAAGUAGUCCUGAACCCAGUCAAUGCUGGUCAGCCGCUUCAUGCCAGCACACACCAGCUUGUGGAUAAUCCGGGAUGCAAUGAGGUGAACUCUGUAAACUGUAACACAAGCUGGAAGAUCGUCUUGUUCAUGAAAUGGAGUGACAAUCAGGAGGUUGUGCUCAAAGGGGGUGAUGUGGUACGGCUGUUUCAUGCAGAGCAGGAGAAAUUCCUCACAUGCGAUGAUCACAGAAAAAAACAGUAUGUUUUCCUUCGCACUACUGGACGUCAGUCAGCUACCUCGGCAACCAGCAGCAAAGCCUUAUGGGAGAUAGAGGUGGUGCAGCAUGAUCCAUGUCGAGGCGGUGCGGGGUACUGGAACAGCCUGUUCAGGUUCAAACACUUAGCCACUGGACACUACCUGGCUGCAGAGGUGAACCCAGAGUAUGAAGAGGAGUGCCUUGAUUCCCGCUCUCCACUUGACUCGGAGCAUGAAGCCUUGAGAGCCCGUUUAAGAAAUGUCAAAGAUAGAGUCAUGUACACGCUUGUAUCGGUUCCUGAUGGAAACGACAUCUCUUCCAUAUUUGAGCUUGAUCCUACGACCUUAAGAGGUGGAGACUCACUAGUUCCCAGAAACUCAUAUGUGCGCCUCAGACACUUGUGCACCAACACCUGGGUUCACAGCACCAACCAGCCAAUCGACAAGGAGGAGGAAAAACCUGUCAUGCUACGUAUUGGCACAUCUUCACAGAAAGAAGACAAAGAGGCUUUUGCCAUUGUGCCCGUCUCACCAGCGGAAGUGAGAGACCUUGACUUUGCAAACGAUGCCAGUAAAGUGCUGGCCUCUAUUGCUGGAAAGUUGGAAAAAGGCACCAUCACACAGAAUGAAAGAAGAGCGGUCACCAAGCUUCUGGAGGAUCUGGUGUUCUUUGUUGUGGACAUUCCCAACAAUGGACAAGAUGUUCUGGAAAUCAUGGUCAACAAACCCAACAGGGAGCGGCAGAAGCUUAUGAGAGAACAGAAUAUACUCAAACAGAUCUUCAAGCUGCUGCAAGCGCCGUUCACAGACAGUGGGGACGGGCCCAUGCUGCGACUGGAGGAGCUGGCUGACCAGCGCCACGCCCCCUUCAGACACAUCUGCCGCCUCUGUUACAGAGUUUUGCGUCAUUCUCAGCAGGACUACCGAAAGAACCAGGAAUAUAUCGCCAAGCAGUUUCGUUUCAUGCAGAAACAGAUUGGUUAUGAUGUCCUGGCAGAGGACACAAUCACAGCUCUGCUUCACAACAACCGCAAGCUGCUGGAGAAACACAUCACUGCUGCAGAAAUCGACACGUUUGUCAGUCUGGUCCGAAAGAACCGUGAGCCCAGGUUCCUGGACUACCUGUCAGACUUGUGUGUGUCAAUGAAUAAAUCCAUCCCUGUGACCCAAGAGCUCAUCUGUAACGCUGUGUUGGAUCCAGCAAAUGCAGACAUCCUCAUUGAAACAAAACUAGUGCUCUCCAGGUUUGAGAUUGAGGGUGCGCAACUCGGGGAGAACUCAGUGGAGUCGGAGGAAGAUGAGGAGGAGGUGUGGCUCUUCUGGAAGGACAGUAAUAAAGAGAUUCGUAGUAAAAGCAUCAGGGAGCUGGCCCAGGAUGCCAAGGAAGGCCAGAAGGAGGACAAGGAAGUGCUCAAUUACUACAGGUACCAGUUAAACUUGUUUGCCCGGAUGUGUUUGGAUCGGCAAUAUCUGGCAAUCAACAAGAUCUCCGGCCAGCUAGAUGUGGAUCUGAUCUUGCGAUGUAUGUCUGAUGAAGACCUGCCCUAUGACCUGCGAGCGUCGUUCUGUCGAAUGAUGCUGCACAUGCAUGUGGAUCGCGAUCCUCAGGAGCAGGUUACACCAGUCAAAUAUGCACGGCUUUGGUCAGAAAUCCCCUCGGAGAUCGCCAUUGAUGACUAUGACAAUGACGGCACAUCCAAAGAUGAAAUAAAGGAGCGAUUCUCGCAGACUAUGGAGUUUGUUGAAAACUACCUCAGAGAUGUGGUUUGCCAGAGCUUCCCUUUUGCAGACAAAGAGAAAAACAAGCUGACGUUUGAGGUGGUGAAUCUGGCCAGGAACCUGAUUUAUUUUGGUUUCUACAACUUCAGUGACCUGCUGAGACUAACCAAGAUCCUGCUGGCUAUUCUAGAUUGCGUCCAUGUCAGCACCAUUUUUCCUGUAAACAAGCUGGACAAAGGAGACGAAGGCAAAGGCAGUAAUGUGAUGAGGUCCAUUCAUGGCGUUGGAGAGCUGAUGUCCCAAGUAGUCCUGAGAGGAGGCGGCUUCCUUCCUGCAACUUCAAGCAGCAGCUCAAACGGAAACACGGUAAAGACCCAGGUUGAACCAGAGAAACAGGACAUACUCGUCAUGGACACCAAGCUCAAGAUCAUCGAGAUCCUACAGUUCAUCCUGAAUGUUCGUCUGGACUACAGGAUCUCCUGUCUGCUAUCCAUCUUUAAGAGGGAGUUUGACGAGAGUAAUUCUCAGAGUGAAUUAUCUUUAAGUGGAGCAGUCGAUGGCCCAAACAACAUGCCAGGUGCUCUGGAUUUUGAGCAGAUAGAGGAGCAGGCAGAGGGGAUCUUUGGUGGAAGUGAAGAGAACACCCCACUGGACCUGGAUGAUCAUGGUGGUCGCACCUUCUUGAGGGUCCUGCUGCACUUGACUAUGCAUGACUAUCCUCCUCUGGUGUCCAGAGCUCUGCAUCUGCUCUUCAGGCACUUUAGCCAGAGGCAGGAGGUCCUGCAGGCAUUUAAGCAGGUGCAGCUGCUGGUUACGAGUCAAGAUGUUGAAAACUACAAACAAAUAAAGUACGACCUGGACCAGCUGCGCUCCAUUGUGGAGAAGUCUGAGCUCUGGGUGUACAAGAGACAGGGGCCCGACGAGGGCAUGGAUGCAGGAGAGGUUUCCACCGAGCCAGAUCGUAAGAAGGGAGACGAGGGGGCUUCAGACAAACCAAAGAAAGCAGAAAGCACAAGCAGUUACAACUACAGGGUUGUAAAGGAGAUCCUGCUGCGACUCAGCAGGUUGUGUGUCCAAGAAGGUCUGUCAGGUAGGAAGAGCAGGAAACAGCAGCAGAGGCUGCUGAGGAACAUGGGCGCUCAUGCUGUGGUCCUGGAGCUAUUACAGAUCCCCUAUGAAAAGGGAGAAGAUAUACGCAUGCAGGAUAUCAUGAAGCUUGCCCAUCAGUUUCUGCAGAACUUCUGUGCAGGGAACCAGCAGAACCAAGCCCUGCUCCACAAGCACAUCAACCUCUUCCUCAAUCCGGGGAUCUUAGAAGCUAUCACCAUGCAGCACAUCUUCAUGAACAACUUCCAGCUGUGCAGUGAGAUCAACGAGCGCGUGGUUCAACAUUUUGUCCACUGCAUUGAGACACACGGCCGCAACGUGCAGUACCUCAAGUUCUUACAGACCAUCGUCAAAGCGGAGAACAAGUUCAUCAAGAAGUGUCAAGACGUCGUCAUGGCUGAGCUGGUGAAUGCUGGAGAAGAUGUUCUGAUCUUCUACAAUGACCGCGCGUCCUUCCAGACUCUGGUCCAGAUGAUGCGAUCAGAGCGGGAUCGCAUGGAUGAGAACAGUCCGCUGAUGUACCACAUACACCUGGUGGAGCUUUUGGCCGUCUGCACUGAGGGCAAGAACGUCUACACAGAGAUAAAAUGCAACUCUCUUUUACCACUGGAUGACAUCGUGCGAGUUGUGACCCAUGAGGACUGCAUCCCUGAGGUGAAGAUUGCUUAUAUCAAUUUCCUCAACCACUGCUAUGUGGACACUGAGGUUGAGAUGAAGGAGAUCUACACCUCCAACCACAUGUGGAAACUCUUUGAUAACUUCCUCGUUGACAUUUGCAGAGUAUGCAACAAUACCAGCGACCGCAAGCACGCAGACGGCAUCCUGGAGCGAUACGUGACUGAAACAGUCAUGAGCAUUGUCACCACCUUCUUCAGCUCACCUUUCUCUGACCAGAGUACAAGCCUGCAGACCAGGCAGCCAGUAUUUGUGCAGCUGUUGCAGGCGGUAUUCCGGGUCUAUCAUUGCCACUGGUUGGUCCCGGUCCAGAAGGGCUCUGUUGAGAGUUGCAUCAAAGUACUCUCUGAUGUUGCCAAAAGCAGAGCGAUAGCCAUCCCCGUGGACCUGGACAACCAGGUCAACAACCUGUUUGUAAAAUCCAACAACAUUGUGCAGAAGACGGCCAUGAGCUGGAGACUGUCUGUCCGCAACGCUUCCCGCAGAGACUCUGUGGUGACCGCGUCGCGGGACUACAGGAACAUCAUUGAGAGGCUUCAGGACAUUGUAUCAGCUCUGGAGGACCGUCUGCGUCCGUUGGUCCAGGCUGAACUGUCGGUUCUGGUGGAUGUGUUGCAUCGGCCCGAGUUGCUGUUUCCUGAAAACACAGACUCACGCAAGAAGUGUGAGAGUGGAGGUUUUAUAUGCAAACUGAUCAAACACACCAAGCAGCUGCUGGAGGAAAAUGAGGAAAGACUUUGCAUCAAAGUUCUGCAAACGCUUCGGGAGAUGAUGACUAAAGACAGAGGUUAUGGAGAGAAGCUCAGGGCCUUUGAUGAUGAGAUGGAUAUGCCAAAGCCGCUGGAUCAGAAUCAGCCCGUGAAACUGUUGGCGGACCAGAAGAGGGGUGAAGUGCUGAGGCAAAUUCUGGUGAACCGUUACUAUGGUAACUUCCAUCGAAAUGGUGGGCGGAGAGACAGCUUGACGUCAUUUGGCAAUGGCCCUCUCAGUCCAGUAGGGCCAGGCAAAGCCCAAUCAGGGUUAGGAGGUCCAGGGGGCCUGAGUCGAGGGGAAAUGAGCCUCACAGAAGUGCAGUGUCACCUGGACAAAGAAGGAGCUUCUGAUCUGGUUAUUGACCUGAUCAUGAACACCACCAGUGACCGAGUCUUCCAAGAAAGCAUUCUCUUGGCCAUUGCACUGCUCGAAGGUGGAAACACUACCAUUCAGCGUUCAUUCUUUUGCCGUCUGACAGACGACAAGAAUUCAGAGAAGUUCUUCCGGGUCUUUUAUGACCGUAUGAAGUCGGCCCAGCUGGAGAUCAAAGCCACGGUCACCGUGAAUACAAGUGACCUGGGUAACAGAAAGAGAGAUGACGACAACCUGGACAAAGAUGUCCCCCCUCGCAAAAAAGUGAGAGACUCUGCGGUGAUUAUGACGGAGGAUGUGAAAGAGCAACUUUUAGAGGCUUCAUCUGCCACCAAAAAGGCCUUCAACUCUUAUCGGCGAGAAGCUGACCCAGAGGACCAUUUUCCCUCGGCAGAUGGCCAGCCCAGCGCCGGGGACAAGAACCAGGAUGAGGGAGAGAUGAGCUUAUUGAUUGUUAUCAUGCAGCCUAUUCUUCGCUUCCUCCAGCUGCUUUGUGAAAAUCACAACCGAGAUCUACAGAACUUCCUACGUUGUCAAAACAAAAAGAACAAUUACAACCUUGUGUGUGAGACCCUGCAGUUCCUAGACUGCAUCUGCGGCAGCACCACAGGAGGUCUCGGUCUGCUGGGACUCUACAUCAAUGAGAAGAACGUCGCCCUCAUCAAUCAAACUCUGGAGAGUCUAACAGAGUACUGUCAAGGUCCCUGCCACGAAAACCAGAACUGCAUUGCCACUCACGAGUCUAACGGCAUUGACAUCAUUAUAGCUUUGAUUCUUAAUGACAUCAACCCACUUGGGAAGAAACGGAUGGAUCUAGUUUUGGAGCUCAAGAACAAUGCAUCCAAGCUGUUGCUCGCCAUCAUGGAGAGCCGCCAUGACAGCGAGAAUGCUGAGAGAAUCCUCUACAACAUGAAGCCUAAAGAGCUGGUGGAGGUGAUAAAGAAGGCUUACCUUCAAGGAGAGAUUGAGUUUGAGGAAACAAAAGAGGAUGAGGACAACAAAGAUGAGGAAGAACAUGAUGCUGCUUCACCCCAAAAUGUUGGACACAAUAUCUAUAUUUUAGCUCAUCAGUUGGCACGUCAUAAUAAAGAGCUGUCCAUGAUGUUGAAGCCAGGAGGGGCUAGCGGAGAUGGAUAUGAAGCUCUGGAGUUCUACGCCAACCACACGGCUCAGAUCGAGAUUGUGCGUCAGGACCGCACCAUGGAGGAGAUAGUUUUCCCAGUGCCUAACAUCUGUGAAUUCCUGACGACGGAGUCAAAGCUGCGGAUCUACUACACCACCGAGAGAGACGAGCAGGGCAGCAAGAUCAAUGACUUCUUCCUGCGAGCAGAAGACCUCUUUAAUGAGAUGAACUGGCAGAAGAAGCUUAGAGCCCAGCCAGUGCUGUACUGGUGCUCCAGGAACAUGUCCGUGUGGAGCACCGUCUCCUUCAACCUGGCCGUCCUCAUGAACCUGCUGGUGUGCUUCUUCUACCCUCUGGAGGGGGUACAUGGAGGAAUGCUGGAUCCCCAUCUGUCUGCUCUGCUGUGGAUGGGAGUGUUGGCUACGCUGGUCAUCGUUGUCAUCAUGCCCCAACCACUAGGCAUACGUGCACUGGUCAUUGUCACAAUUCUCCGUCUCAUCUUCUCCGCGGGCCUGGAGCCCACACUCUUCCUUCUGGGUGCUUUCAAUGUUUGCAAUAAGAUAAUCUUCCUGAUAAGUUUUGUUGGAAACCGAGGAACCUUCACACGAGGCUAUAAGGCCAUGGUGAUGGACUUCGAGUUCCUCUAUCAUCUCAUCUACCUCAUCAUCUGCUGUCUGGGGGUGUUUGGUCAUGUCUUUUUCUACAGCCUGCUGCUGUUUGACCUGGUGUACCGAGAAGAGACCUUGCUGAAUGUAAUCAAGAGUGUCACUCGUAAUGGACGCUCCAUCGUGUUGACUGCUGUUCUUGCGCUCAUUUUGGUCUACCUGUUCUCCAUUGUCGGCUACAUCUUCUUCAAAGAUGACUUCAUCUUGGAGGUGGAUCGUAUCCCCAACACAACCCAGAAGACUGGUGCUGCUAUGGAUGGAGAGUUUUUGUCUGAAGGAACAUGUCAUGGAGGUAUUUAUGAGAACUGCAGCACCGAGACUCCACAGGAAGAGUUGGGGAAUGACGGUGAGGAGGAGAGCGACGUGGAGCGGACGUGCGACUCUUUACUCAUGUGCAUUGUUACUGUGCUGAGUCACGGCUUGAGGAGUGGAGGUGGUGUGGGGGAUGUUCUCCGUAAGCCUUCUAAGGAGGAGCCACUGUUUGCAGCCAGAGUGAUUUAUGACCUGCUGUUCUUCUUCAUGGUCAUCAUCAUUGUCCUCAACCUAAUCUUUGGUGUAAUUAUUGACACCUUUGCUGACCUGAGAAGUGAAAAACAAAAGAAAGAAGAGGUCCUGAAGACAACCUGCUUCAUCUGCGGUCUGGAACGUGACAAGUUUGACAAUAAAACAGUGACUUUUGAAGAACACAUCAAAGAGGAGCACAACAUGUGGCACUACUUAUUCUUCAUUGUGCUGGUGAAAGUCAAAGACUCCACAGAAUACACCGGUCCGGAGAGCUACGUAGCUGAGAUGAUCAAGGAGCACAACCUGGACUGGUUUCCUCGAAUGCGUGCCAUGUCGCUGGUGAGCAGCGACGCAGAGGGGGAGCAGAAUGAAAUCAGGAACCUGCAGGAGAAGCUGGAAUCGACCAUGAAACUGGUGGCCAACCUGUCUGGACAACUGACUGAGCUCAAGGAGCAGAUGACCGAGCAGAGGAAGCAGAAACAACGAAUUGGACUCCUGGGUCAUCCGCCGCACUUGAACAUUAACCCGCAGCAGCCUGCCUAAAGGCCCUGGGGGCCACUUUCAUCAGUGACCGAGCUCUCCAGACAGUGUCCCAAAUGUUACAAAAAAUACACAAGACGUACCUAUUUCAUGUAUGUAUUUAGGUCGAUGUCUGGUCGUCUAUGUAGAGUAAAAGUUAGAGUGCUCUAUAGUGUGGACACGUCUGUAUGAGAAGAGUUUACACAAAGUGCCUCUGCACCUGACAAGCCAGUCCUGUAAGUCUCAGAAAUGACCACGCUCACUUCAGCUUUACUGCCCUCACUGCCUCCGUCUGCAUUUGACACCUCUGACAGCGAGCUUCAGUUUGGCCGUUGUUCCUGGGGGUGUUUUUCCUGUCAAGUGUCCUUCUGUUGAGGUUUAAUCCUCUGUCUUUCACCAGCAAGCUCAGGUCACACGACUUGAGAAUCUGUUUCAAUUCAACUACAACACAUUAUUUAUUUUUUUCUGCUUUCAUCUGACAGCAAUAGGAAUGCUAUAUCAUAUGCAAUGUCUAUAAGAAUCAACUAUUUUGGGAUUUUACUUGCUUUUAUAUUUGAAAAGAUGUAUCUUAUAUUUAUAAUAUGAAGAUAAACAAGAGAUCCUAAUAAGUUAACCAUUGUUUUCCGAAGGAUCUUAGUCAUGCGUUUAAAAAAAAAAAAGGUUGUUUUUUUUGUGUGCGUGUCUGUGUGCAUGGAGCGGUGUUUUCCCUCUUUCCUCCCUUUGAAGGCAAGUAUUUACCACUUACAGAAUUCCUUGUCAUCUCCAAGAGAGGUUCUUCUUGUUCUGGGAUAGUUUGAUUAAAAAGGUGGAUUUGAGGCGACACUGAAGCAUUUUGUAAAGAUAAAUAAUCUGAACCCUUUAAACCCGUUUCAUAGCUGUCAUUUUGAAUAAUGAAUGGUAUGAACUUACUGGAGGGUAAAAGCAUGUCACGUGAUUGCUUUACUAUAUAGCUCGGUGCAUUUAAUGUUUAAUGAUACAUGCUCAGUGGAGUCCCGUUACAAACACAUGCUCAAACGUAAGGAUCCGUGGGAGCAGUGUAAUACUGACUUAAUUAUUACACUUUAAUAUGUCUGCACUAAAUUAUGUUAUCUUUAAUUUAUUCCUAAGCACUGGUAUUUGCCAUAGCACAUGAUUUUUUUUGUUUUUUUGUUUUGAUGAUGAUAAUUUUGAUGAUAAUGUUUCACUUUGUAAAACAUCACCAAGAGAGUGACUGCUUGAGUGUUUGAGUGUAAUUGAGGGGGACAAAAAAAAAAAAUGAACUAACAGAUGUCACUUGGCGUGCUGCUUAACCAAACUCAACUUUUCUACUAAUUGGUAGUUUGUGUCUGAAUUGUACAUUACAAUCUUGGAGUCUAUUUAAAUAAAGAAGUGUGUUAAAUA